AUGACUGAGGACGUACCUGCACCUGGUGAAGAGGGAUUAGUUGGUGAUGGUGUUGAGAGAUCAGCUGUUGAUGAUGCUGAGGGAUUUCCAGGUGGGCCACGUGAUCUAUCAGUGCUAACUUUAUUUGCUGAGCAUGUUGCACAUAGCAUAUGGAAUGGAGAGAAACGUCCUAAAUUGAAGUUGGUCUCCUACGAAAGGAAGGGAGUUAUAUCUGCUUUUGUCAAGAGGUGGCACAAGGAGACUAGCAGCUUCCAUCUUCCAGUAGAAGAGUUGACUAUCACACUGGAUGAUGUGGCGUCACUCCUCCAUCUUCCGAUCAUAGGCACCUUCCACAGCUUCGAGCCUCUACAUGUGGACGAGGUGGUCAUCAUGUUGGUGGAGUUGCUAGAGGUCUCGGGUGAGGAGGCUAGAACUGAGACUACACAAUGUCAUGGGGCAUAUGUAUGCCUGUCGUGGCUACGGGAUAUCUAUCAGAGGAGAUGCGAGGCCCGACAGUGGAUAGUUGCAGCUCGUGCGUAUCUCCUACACUUGGUUGGUUGCACUCUUUUUGUUAAUAAGAGUGCAACACAUGUUCAUGUAGUUCAUUUGGACGCUUUUCGAGACUUGGCUCAGAGUGGGAGCUAUGCCUGGGAGCUGCCGCGCUGUGUGACUGAUGAUGGCUAUGAUGAGACGUUACCACGUGCCUAUCGGUGGUUUACUACGAAGGCUUAUAUGAAGGGAUUAACAGCAUCGUUGUACCGAACAUGUAUAGAUGCGCUGACGAUCAUUGACUGCUCAGGAGAUUACAUGGAGUGGUUCUUCGAGAUAUCGCAUUUGUUUAUCACACCCACACAGGCAACUGAUCAGCCCAAACAUCCACCUGUCCCACAACAUGAGAUAUACGUGGAGCCAGAUAUCUCGGAGGUUCCAGUGGCAGCAGGAGUUGGACCGUCACAAGAUGCUUGUGAAGCGAUCGCAGAAAGGUUGGAGUGUGUGCUCAACCUAAGGAUGGUCACUGAAGGCACAAAGUUACAUGACAUCAUGGAAGAUUGCCUUAGGAUUGCUAGGGGUGUCACCUUAAAUGAAAAUGUGUAUGUUAGGGCGCGACGAAGAUAG